AAAAGCGUUGGCUGUGAAAGGAUUGGGUUUAUUCUUCUUCUGAUUCUUGCCAUCCAAGAAAAAAAAACGGAGAAAAUGUCUGUAAGAGGAAAGACCGGUGGAAAGGCAAGAGCCAAGGCGAAAUCUCGUUCGUCCAGAGCAGGGCUGCAGUUCCCCGUCGGUCGUGUUCAUAGGCUGCUGCGGAAAGGAAACUAUGCUCAGCGUGUGGGCGCUGGAGCUCCGGUCUAUCUGGCCGCGGUGCUCGAGUACCUGACUGCUGAAAUCCUAGAGCUGGCCGGGAACGCUGCCCGGGACAACAAGAAAACCAGAAUCAUCCCGCGUCACCUGCAGCUCGCUGUCCGCAACGACGAGGAGCUCAACAAGCUGCUGGGAGGCGUCACCAUCGCUCAGGGCGGAGUGCUGCCUAACAUUCAAGCCGUUCUGCUGCCCAAGAAAACCGAGAAACCGACCAAGAGCAAGUAACCUGUCCUGACGUCUAUUUCACUUUCUAAAACCCAAAGGUUCUUUU